AUUUGCCAGAAUUGUCCAAACACUCGACAAAAUUUAUAUAGAAAACAAUUUUGGAUUCGUUUUCUGAUAGCGAUCUACUUUUUGGGUCUAAAAAGGCGGGCCAGUUGAUUGGAUAGGCACAUUACCAUCCCCUCAUAUUAUAUAUAUAGGCCCCGAGAGUCUGCAGAGUACAUCCUGGAUAAUGUGCUGCAUUUCCACCCACAAACUCAAGCUGCUGGUCGUUUGCCUGACGCUCCUUGUGCAGAUUGAUGGCGAGCUAAAGGCCGCCAAUAAUGCCACCCUCUUGUUGUACUACAGUCGGACAAAGUUUCUCGGAUAUCUGAUAACUCGCAUCAUCCUGGGCAUAUUUCUGGCCAUUUGGGCAUUCACUGGCUUCUUAUCGCUGUUCUAUGAUUCCGUUUGGGGUGUGGCUACUUACUCCUCCGGCAUCUGUUUCCUCACCGUUUUGGACCUUUUUACACUGUACUAUCGCUAUGUACUGCGAAAUCAAGUAUAUACCGAUGAAAAUGAACGUAUGAAACUAGAACGUCGUUACAAAUGGCAGGGUGGACAACAUAAUCAUGAAACUUUAGAUGAAGGCAUUGGCGAUGCUAUGCUUUUGGUUAUCAAUAUUGUGCAGGUAGCCAUUCAGGUUUCUGUCAAUAUUGCCGGCUGGUGGCUGGCCGUUCGACUGCGGAGGCAUCACCAGAACGAGGAAAAAUACGAGGCUGACAAGGUCUAUCUCGAAUACUUGCUCAAAACUCAUCCACAUACGACGCCGCCAUCGAAUGCGCAGUCCCAGCACCCGCAGCAGCAACAUCAAAAUUCAAAGCGCCCAUCAGUCAUGAAAUGAAGACUCGAGACCUCGGAUUCCUUCUACUCACAGCAGCAUCCAGCCGCAGGAGGCUCCUCAAGCCAAGUAUCUCAUAGAAUUAGGGGCAGAGAAAAGAUUCGUCCAUUGAAAUUAUCAUACUGCCUGCUUGAGGUGCCACUCACAAGUUUUUGGGAACGAACCCUCGAAAAAUUGCUUGACACUCGAGAGGCCUGGAGUCUGCUGAAAUACUGCUGCUGCUGCUGCUGCCGGAGGGGAGGAGUAGAUCAUUGGCCUUUCGGGGCCCCCACAUCAAAGAUGCCAACGGAAAUUGUAAUUUGCCUAUCAGAACGUUAAUCGAUAAUAAUCGACCAUUGAGAAAUAUAUUCAUUUCAAGCUGUUAUUUUA